AUGCCGGGCACGGGGAGGUUCUGCGGCUCCUCCACCGCGCCAGCGCGAAUCUCGAGACUACCACGCCACACCGUCGGACACCUUUCUUCGUCGCGUGCCAGAGAGGGCAUGCGGAAGCUGCGAGGGUACUUUGUGAGCUUGGAGCGAACAAGGAGAAAGCAAGGACAGGUGGCUACACUCCACUCCUCAUCGCGUGCCGUGAGGGCCAUGCACCGGUGGUCAAGCUUUUGUGCGAGAUGCGAGCAGACAAGGAGCAUGCAGCCAUGCAUGGUUGGACUCCGCUGCUCCUUGCUGCGCGACAUGGUCACAAUGCUGUGA